CCAAAUUACCUCACCAAUGCCCACCUUUGCCAACAGGAUAAAAUAGAACAUUAGUCGGGCGAUACCACCACACUAACAGCUUCAUUUGUCGUGUUGAAGGCGGACAUUGCUGUUUACAUCUGCAUCACUUACGGCUUGAAUCACCUUUAGCUAGACAAGCCUCGACCAUGAUUCGCUCAGCGGCGUCCAGGGCGUGCCGGGCGUGGACCGCAGCCUUCAUUAAGGCCAACAUCACCACCACCACCACCGGGUCGUCCACCAUCGGCAUCAACGUGGAACGGCGGGAACGAUUCCCCCACUCGGGCACGUCCACCUCCAGCAGACCGGCAGGCAGAAUGGAGGGUCUCGAGUGGAGGUUUCCCGCGGACAAUAGGACACAGGCCAUGGUGGCGGAUGUGGAGAACGGCUUGUGUCAGAGCACCAUCCUCACCUUCAAUUCCAAGGCGCCCAUCACCCCUGACCUGAUGGAGGAGGCGCUCGUCCACCUCUACGGAAAGAUCGAGUCUCUCAGAAUUUGCCUCCGGCUACGGGAAGGCCGGCUGUGGGUCGCCGACAUGCCGCGACAAAAACUAGAUUUUCAGGUGGUGAACAACACGGACUUGGAGUACGAACACUCUGACCUGCAUAAAGUAAAAUUUGACCUCUAUAAUGGGCCGCUGUGGAAUGCUCGGCUCAUGCCAUGCCCUCCAGAUGCUCCCUGUCCUCUUCCUGAAGUGAAGGCAGCAUAUCCUCAUCAGUGUCACCUCCUGAUGUCCGUCCACCAUGCUGCUAACGACGGAUUCGUCGUAAUGCUGAUGUCGGAGCUGCUGUCCCGCAUCAUCGACAGCCUCCUCGAGGGAUCACCCGUGGACACCAGGCCGGUCGGGGAGCUCCGUGACGGCGUGGAGGCCAAAGAGGAGGAAAACAAGAUUAGGGAAGAACUGGAAAGGGAUCCUGAGAGUCUUAUGGCGGCCAUCAGAAAACAUCUAGCGAGCAAACAUCUUCCCCUGCUCAUGGAAGCUUAUGGUGUCCCGAACGAACCAAAUCCAACUACGACGUAUUUGGAGCCGGUGCUCCUCGACAAGCAGACAGUGGAAAAGAUCACUGCCAAGGCUCGCGCCACUGGCACCACCCUCAACGCCUGCUUCACUGCUGCCUUGAACGUGUCCAUGAUGGAGGUAGCGCGCGAGGGGGGUUUGGAAAGAGACGUCUACAGUAUUUCCACAUGGGUCCCCGUCGAUUCCCGCCGACUCAUGAAGAGCUGUAAGAACCUUCCCCUUGGCUUCCAUGCCAUGCCCUUCACGCAGUGCACCUCAACGCCACGUGAUGUGAAGAAAAACUUCUGGCAGUACGUGCAACACCUUGACACCGAACUCCGCGGGAAGCUUAACAGGAACUACAUGUGUGAACAGAGGGUACUGGAGGCGCUGAUGAGGCCGGGAUUCACGCACAAGGCUAUGUUUGGCAGUCGACAUAUCCCUGACUGUGACUAUCUUUUCUCAAACCUUUACUCUCCCAGUUCCACUCAGAAGCGAGGCGUGGGCAAGAAUGUUCAAAUAACAGCGGCGGGCAAUUACAUGAGCUUUCAUACAGGGAACACUGGUGUAGGACAAGGUAUAUUCCCCUUUCGAGAACAAGUUCGCUUUCAAAUCGCUUACUCCACAGGGGUCAUCAACAGGAGAAUAGCUGACAGACUGCUCGAGAAAAACGUCUCUGUGCUCAAUGAUGUCUCCAAAAUGGUAGAGUAAAGGUAAAUGUAGAACUAUUUGGGGAGGCGGUGGCUGAGUGGUCAAUGUGUUGGCGCGGCGUCCAGGAGUACGCAGGUUCGCGACUCGCCCGCCGCUACAAACAGGUCGGCAAUUUUUCAGUCAUCCCCAAGUGGCUUUAGACUACGGACAUGCUGUCCUAUAUUCUGUCUAAAAAAGGAUCAAAGUUGAGGUCCAGGGAAAUGCUGCUCCAGGGAGCAGCAUGAUCCAAGCAAGAUGGCGCCACCGUAAAAACUUGCUUCGCCAUAACGGACUGGGACCGACCACCAGGCCCCACCAUAUGAGCCUACCGGUGUGGCGUCGAGUCUCGGCCCCUUGUUUUAGUCCGUCCGCUUUGUUUACAUAGAUAAAGUGGUGGAUGAAUUUCGGCACGUUACCGUGUCUAUUGUCGACUGCUUGUCAUACAUGAGGUGCAGGUUAUCUCAUUUGUCACAUUUACCGGCAUACAUGGGCUGCAGAUUAUUUCAUUUAUCACAUUUACCGACAUUGUCCCACCCAAAUUUGCUUAUAUUUUUAUAAAAGUAAAUGACGUAUAUUUUGAAUCUGAAAAAUGCUUGAAAUACGAGUUUUGUUUCUUCACCCCUUGCAUGUCGGUAAAUGUGAUAAAUGAGAUAACCUGCAGCCCUUGUAUGUCGGUAAAGGUGAUAAAUGAGAUAACUUCCACCCCUGUAUGACAAGCAGUUGACAAUAGACAGUACCGUGCCGAAAUUCAUCCACACCAGUGUGUAUGUAUACAAAGCUGGCGAAUGCGCAGAUCAGGAGCGAACAGACUAAAACAAGGGUACGAGACUCGACUCCACAACGGCGCCAUAGCCAAAUAGUAAACACACACACACACACACACACACACACACACACACACACACACACACACACAUACGUAAGUGAUUUGCUUACUCUGACAAGGAAUAUCGCAAUAACGCUGAUAUCCCGAAUGACUUCCACAAACAUUUGUGUUGUAACACUAGUACAAGGAGUUUCGAAUCAUUAGUGAUUUUCUUACUCUGACGAGGAAUAACGCUAAUAUCCCGAAUGACUUCCACAAACAUUUGUGUUGUAACACUAGUACAAGGAGUUUCGAAUCAUUAGUGAUUUGCUGGCUGACGAGGAAUAUAGUUUAUAAACUGAAUGACUUCCAUAAACAUAUAUAUGUGCUGUAACAAUAAUACAUGUAGGUUCGGCUCAUUACUAAUUUGUUUACUUUGACGAAGAAUAACGCUGAUAUUCAGAGUGACCUGCACGAACAUUUGCGUUGUAUCACAAGUACUAUAAGUAGUUUCGGUUCAUUACUCAUGCAUUUGCUUACUAUGACGAGGAAUAUAGUUUAUAUUCCGAAAGACUUCCACAAACAUGUGUCGUGACAACAGUACAUGUAGUUUCGGCUCAUUACUCAUUUGCUUACUAUGACGAGGAAUAACGCUGCUAUUCAAAGUGACUUCCACAAACAUUUGUGUUGUAUCACUAUAGUCAAACCAUUUCAAAUAGUCCGUUUGGGCGUUCGAUUCCGCGGGUCCUUUCCUCCCUUCUGCUCUGCCACACAGUCCCAACACCUAUCCUUUCCUCUCCUACGUUACCUAUAGGUAACAUAGAAAAUAGGUGCUGGGACUGUGUGGCAGAGCAGAGGGAAGGAAAGGACCCGCGGAAUCGAACGCUCAAACGGUCUAUUUGAAAUGGUUUGACUAUAGUAUUACGUACAAGUAAUUUCGGCUCAUUGAUAAUUUAUUUACUCUGACAGUUAUAAAGCUGAUAUUCCGAAUGAUUUCCACAAACAUUUUUGUGACACUAGUAUAAGUAGCUUCGGCUCAUUUCUCAUUAGGAAUACAGUUUAUAUACUGAAUGACUUCUAUAAAUAUAUGUACAGUACCAGUAGUAUAAGUAGUUUCGGCUAAUCACUGAUUUGCUUACUAUGACGAGGAAUAACGCUGAUAUUCUGAAUGACUUCCACAAACAAAGCCAUGGAAUAGGAGAAUUUGACAAACUUCAUCUCAGGCGUCAUGUUGCUACCAAAAGCGCCGAGCGGAAUUCAAAUGUGAUGAUAAUUUUCCAUGCAGCAUUGGUAUUAAAUAUUUUAGCCUAGUUCAAUAUCAGCCUGACACCGCUUCUAGGGCCGAAGACUUGCCCCGGGUGCAUUCUUCCCAACUGUAUACUGGUUCGUCAAGGGAGGCACAACCAGCCAAUCACCGUGCGUCUUACUCAUGACGUCAUGAGUCACCACAGCCAAUCAGCAUUAUUAGGAGAAGUGAAUUGGCAAAAUUAGGCAAAUGCUUGCAUGUAACUGCAAGAAGUGAGAUUGUUUGACAUUCAAUAACUCAAUUUUAUUGUAACACAUCAUUCUGACCAAGUAAAGCAAUGAUGCAUGUUUUUGUUGCCAUGAUAUCAAUUCAUUACUUUCGUCUCCCCCCCCUCCUUCAAAUCUUAUUUUCUAUGAGAAGUAGUACUAGCGUGAAUACUGAAUGGGCAACUAUAGCAUAAUAUUAAGUUAAAUUUAUAUUUGCAUUUGGAAAAAGAAUGUUGUGAAUACAGUGCAUAGAUGUAUUGGUGUAACCCUGUUGGGGUUCUCUCUUUUCCUGCCACUUCAAGCCUACGACAAAAUCAUUGUUAAAGCUUAAAUUAAGGAUUCCUAUUAAAAUUAAUAAAAACACUUUUACUUAAAUUUUGUGUUCUCAUAGGGAAGGUUUCCAACAAUGGUAAGUGCAAGGAAUGUCAACUGAGUUAAACUUCAAACUCCAAAGGGAUCAUAGAAAAUGAACAAACGAGUAAAGCGGUGUGAUAAUGAUAAUUAUUGUGACUUCAAAUGUUUUAUAUCAGUCACAGUACACAGCAAAAUUACUGUGAACACUCAUAUAUAAAAACACUUUAUUAAUGUUCUAUUGAAGGACCAAUAUUUAAAAAAAAGUUAAGUAGCAACGUAGCCUAGCACAGUGUGGUCAGAUAAAUGGUGGAUCUAUGUGACUGUGUUUCUUGUACCACAUAAAUGACUUUGUAUUGCCCAUGUUAUUUGCUUAUUAUGUAAUUUGCUACCUGUUCUCUUCCCUUGGUACUGUCUUCAGUUAUGUAGCAAGAGUGCAACUUCGCAAUCUUUUUUUCAAAGAAGUUUGAUAAAAAUUAACAACAUUUCAGCAUGCAGAAUAUUAUUACUUAUGUUGAACUUAUCUAAAUAAAUGUUUUUUUUAUGGUU